CUCUCUCUCUCUCUUUUCUCUUUGACCUAUAAAAUUAGGGUUUCGUCCAUUUCUUCAUUUUUCCCUCUGUUGUUGCCAAAGCUCCGAUCAUGCUUUGGCCUUCCGUUUCUGAAUCAGAUCCAUCGCUUUGUGCUCAAGCUUUUGUUCUUUCACUUUCAUUUUCUCUGAUCUGAACGGUUUCCGUUGUUUCUUCAGUUCCGUACUUCACUCUUAACAAUGUCCUGUUCAUAUCUACGUCCCGAUCCCCCCGCCAGAAUAUUCUCCAUACAAGACGGGGUUUUUGCCCAGACCUACAGCCGUUGUAACUACUCUGAUGAUCAUUUUGAUCGUCUUCCUGAUUCUCUUCUUCUGCUGAUUUUCAAUAGGAUCGGCGAUGUUAAGGCUCUUGGACGUUGCUGUGCUGUUUCUCGAAGAUUUCACUCGAUUGUCUCUCAGGUUGAUAACGUUGUUGUACGAGUUGAUUGUGUGAUUUCUGAUGAUGAUUUCUCUUCAGCUUCUUCGUCUUCUGAUAAAUCCCGAAGUGGUUUCUCUAAUCUGUUUCGUAUGGUUCUUGGAGGCAUUGUUAAGCCGCUUCAAGCGUUAGGUCAGUUUUUGGGUCCGAAAAGGGUGACUUCUUCUGGCUUGGGUUCGGCUUCGUCUUCUUUAUCGACUUCUUCGCUUGCGGUUGGGAGGGAAGAAGAUGGGGAAAGUGGUCAAAGUGGUGUGACUCAUCACUCGCCGACGCAAGUUCUAAAGAAUUUUAACGAGAUUCGGUUCCUUCGGAUCGAGCUUCCUAGUGGUGAACUGGGUAUUGACGAUGGGAUAUUGUUGAAGUGGCGAGCUGAUUUUGGAUCAACUUUGGAUAACUGUGUGAUCCUAGGUGCUGCGUCGGUGAUUCACGUUGGAUCCUUUAAUAAGCACGUUCAAGAGAAUGGAACUGAUGGGUUUUGCUCUGGAAAUGGCCCAGCGGCUGACGACAGCGGGAGCAUUCCCGAAUCGUUUUACACUAAUGGGGGACUAAAAUUGAGAGUAGUUUGGACGAUUAGCUCGCUAAUCGCGGCCUCGGCAAGACAUUACCUACUGCAGCCGAUAAUUGCAGAGCAUAAAACUCUGGAUAACUUAGUUCUAACGGAUGCAGAUGGACAGGGGAUGUUGUGUAUGAACAAGGAUCAACUUGAGGAGUUGAGAGUGAAGCCCUUGUCAGCUUCAACUGCGUCAAAGAGAACGCUUGUUCCAGCUCUGAAUAUGAGGCUUUGGUAUGCGCCUCACCUGGAAUUACCUGGUGGGAUUGUUCUGAAAGGGGCAACUCUUGUUGCAAUUCGUCCAAGCGAGCAGUCAAUGACAAAGAAAGAAGUUUCUGAUGGGUCAUGGCUUUCAAACGCUUUCGAGGAACCUUACGGAACCGCAGCAAAGAUACUGGUGAAGAGGAGAACUUACUGUCUUGAGAUGAAUUCUUUCUGAUAACUUCAAUUGGAUCUGAGCACGGAAUGGUGGAAACCAGAUAGAGGGAAGAUUGACUCUGGCGGAAAUACCUUGUUUCAUGCAUCACCGGUCUUCCAUGUAUUAUGAGGUGAAAGUCUAAUCACAAUCAAAUUGCAGCAUCCUCAGAUAUCCAUGGUUGAUUUUAGAUUGAGGAACGGGUGACUUCUGCUUAAACAAUUGAGAUAAUUGAAAUUCUUCCUCUACUUGGCUUUUGUUUGAUAAUACUACUUGCGAAAGUGCAAAAAAUACAAAUAGAGAGAUGUUGUUGUAAAAGCCCUGUUGUAGUGUUUUGUUUCUUAUAUGUGAAUAUGAUCUAGUUUUAUCAAGUAAUUGCAUCCUAAUGAAUUGAUUGCACUACUUAAUGUUAUGGAUAUUGAAUGCAUAUUUGACACUUUUAA